CAGGCUAUACGUCCUCGGCGAAUUACGUGCUGGCAAGACCGGUCACGUAAAAAUUUGGUCACGGGCCAUACAGGAAUGUCCUCUCCUUCUGAUGGGCAGUGACUGCAUGGCUCCAGUGACUGUGGACUGCGAGGGAUUCGUGACGCACAUUGCAGGCAGAGAGGAGUGGCAGCAUUCCAACAGACCUGCAUUGCUAAAUAGGGGGACCAUCUGGUACACAGAUGGCUCCAGAAUGAAUAACAGAGCUGGAUCAGGGCUUAUUGGUGGGAUCCCACAUACCAGUAGGGCAUACUCGCUGGGGGAGCACGCCACUGUCUUCCAGGCCGAAGUAUUCGCUGUAUUAAAAUGCGGACAAAAAAUUCUAAGCAGCGGACACCGCAAUACAGUUGUAUCAAUAUGCUCGGACAGCAGAACUGCCAUUAAGGCUAUCACGGCCGCAAAGGUUGGAUGCAGGGUCCAGCUCGUCUGGAUACCUGGCCACGCAGGCCAUGCAGGUAAUGAGGAAGCGGACUCUCUUGCCAGACUGGGAUCCGCGAAUGUGCCGAUGGGGCCGGAACCCAUAGUUGGUAUCGCCAAAUGCGUUGCGGUCGCGUCAAUGAAGGGUCUGCUGGACAAGUGGAUCCACCAAAGAUGGACCGAGUCCCCUGGUAUGAGACAGGCCAAAGCGCACAUAGGUGGGCCCUCUGCCUGUCUCCCUAUUCAUCUAUUCAUUAGUUAA